AAAAAAAAAAAAAAUUUCACUGGCCUAUCCUCUUUUACAAGGAUUCUAAUCUAAACCAUUGAAUGCAUUCAAUCCAAAGGAAGGUGGAUCGUGAGCAUAGUGGAUUGUCGUGUGCUUGAAGACAGAGGAGGUUGCGAGAAUUCUUCGAUUCAACAUGAGAAACCAAUGGAAAAGGAUCUCAACCAGGAAAAGACAGAAGAGGAGGAGUUCAACACUGGACCUCUUUCUGUUCUGAUGAUGAGUGUUAAGAACGACACUAAGGUGCUGAUCAAUUGCUGCAACAACAGGAAACUCAUUGGCUGUGUUAGGGAUUUUGAAAGGCGCUGCAACAUGGUCCUGGAAAACAUCAGAGAAAUGAGGAUUGAGGUACCCAAAAAUGGGAAAGGAAAGAAGAAAGCUCUUCCCGUCAACAGAGAUCGCUUUAUCAGCAAGAUGUUUCUCGCCACAAAUAGCCACGAAUCCCAAGUAUGAUAGAGAUAGAAGGAGAUUGCGAUGUCUGCGAUUGGGUGAAGACCCACCUCCUGCAUCAAGAGUCUUUCUGGGAUAUUAAGGAUACUGGUUUAGGAUCCUGGGUUUGGCGGAAACUACUGCAGUUGAGGGCCACUGCAAAGCAGUUUAUCAGAAUGGAAGUUCAACGUGGACAGAAUGUGAGGUUCUGGACUGAUCUAUGGCAUCCUUUGGACAGAUUGAUAGAAGUUGUUGGAGAAAUUUGUACCUAAAAGCUUGAUAUAGCGA